CCGGCCCCGGCCGGACUCCGGGGCUGCCCAAGGACCAGCGGGACGCGGCCCGGACCCGGGGCCAGCACCCACAACGAAUGUGCUUUCCAUCCUGUUUCACCUGUCGCCCAGGAGGGUCCACCCACCUCCAGGCCUCGGAGUGCUCACCAUGGCCCCGCUCCAACAACGGCCACACUGGGAGCCGGAUGCCGGGAACCGGACGGAACUGGCCGCUUUGGCCAUAAACGAGUGUCCGUGGUGCGACUACGGUCUGGGGAGAGUCCUGCUGGCCAGAAACAUCCUCAUCCUGCUCACCAGCCCCGGCGGCCUGAUGGCCAACGGCCUGGUCCUCUGGUUCCUCGGCCUCCACCUCAAGCGGAACCCAUUCACCGUGUACCUCCUCAACCUGGCUGUGGCCGACUUUGCCUUCCUCCUGUCCCAGCUGCUGUUCAUCCUGCUCAGUCUCGGGCACCGGGAAGAUCAGUUCCUCUUCCACACCGACCUCUACAUGGACCGGGGCACCGUCUCUCCCUACAUCACGGCGCUGGGCACGGUGACCGCCCUCAGCACCGAGCGUUGCCUCUCUGUCCUCUUCCCAAGCUGGCACCGCUGCCGCCGGCCACCCCACCUCUCGGCCACGGUGUGCGGCCUGCUCUGGACCCUGGCCGUCCUUUGGCACCUGCUCGGGGACCACUACUGCUACGACUGGGCAAGGGGCUUCCUCGAGCAGCCCUGCUACGAGUUCAGUUUAGCCUGGGGCGCCCUGCUCUUCCCCCUAGCCGCCGUCAUGCUGCUGUCCGGCCUGGCCCUGCUGUUCAAGGUGCAGUGCGGUGUCCGGCCGCGGCGGCCGGCCAGGCUGUACGUCAUCACCCUGCUCUUGGUGCCCCUGUUCCUCACGUGCGGCCUGCCCCUGGGCGUCAAGUGGUUCCUCUCUGGCCUGUUGUCGGGUUCUCUGGGCUGGCUGGACCACUAUUUCCACAUUUUCUACUACGUGGCCGAUCUCCUGUCCUGCACCAACUGCUGCGCCCACCCACUUGUCUAUUACCUGGUGGGGAGGCGGUGGAAUCGCCGGCCGCGGGAGCCCGUCAGUGUGGUCUUCAAGAGGGUCUUGGGGGGCGAUGGCGAGCUGGGUGGGGAGGAGGGGGACACCCCCACCCCAGCCACAGUGGAGAUGGCGGCCGGCGGUGCCCCGACUGGAAGCCCCAAGAUGAAUGCUCUCCUCAACAGCACGGCCCCCGUGAGACCUCUGCCCUCUGCCCAGUGAGAGCCCCCCGGCUCCCCAAGGAGCGAGAAAUGUGAUUCUCCCCUUGUCUGUGCCUAUCUCCUGCCCUAGGGCUGGGUACAACGUUGGAAUGGAGGGUCCAGGCUCCCCUGAGAAGCACCGGCCAUGGGGCUGAGGGUCAAAGGGCCCAAGAAGAGUCUUUACCUACCCAACAGCAAACUCACUGUUCCUAUCCUCCCGUCUCCUAUCUAUCCCUCUCCGGAGGAUCGGAGGGCACGGGGAUGCCCGAGAGCCCUGUGCCAUCCAAAGGGAUCGGAAGCUUCAGAUCUGGGACUCGGUUUCCAGGUCUCUAUUCAUUCCAGUAGAAAGACUCUUACCACAUCCAGAAAUGGAUUCCUGCCUCCCACCCCUGAUUCCUCCUGCUCUAGCCCAGCCUGUGAACUCUGACCUCUCUGAACUUGGACCCCCAGACUACAGCCAAACUGAAGGAAGAUUCCUAGUGCAAUGUAGCUGACCAACAUGGACAUGCAGUGGAUUUUGGGUUUCUAGAUGGAAAUGUUCUAGGCUGGGUCAUGACCAAAGAUCAAUUCUCAAACCCAUGAACUGUUGUCAGCUUGUCUAAACAUAUGGAGUGCUGAUCUUUGUAUCCGAAAAACUACACAGCACAAAUAAAAUAUAACCCUACCUCUAA